GUGUAUAAGUGAGUGGUACACCACCAAAGUAGUUAGUUAACCUCACCUUAAAACAGUGGGUGGCGUCAUCAUAUAUAUACAGCUUAGUCGAGAGUUGUGACGAGACAGUGCAAGUUAUAAGAAAGAGAGUGAUGUUUUUGAAGGAUAGUAACAGUAGUAACGGUAACGGCUACCACCACCAUCAACCACCAUCACAACCACCGUCAGGAAUGGUGCAAACUCACCGUGCCCGUCGUGGCACUCGCCGUUCACGCGCUUCCGUUUCUUCUUCUUCUUCCACUGUUAGGGUUUCCGAUACAGAACAACCGCCGCAACAGCAGCAACAACUACCUAAUCGAUCUCCUUGCACUGAUUACGAUAUGGCGUAUUUUCAUUCCUAUGCUCAUCUCGGUAUUCACCAAGAAAUGAUCAAGGAUCGUGUGCGGACUGAAACUUAUAGGGAAGCAAUCAUGCGGCAUCAGAGUUUUAUUGCUGGCAAAGUCGUAGUUGAUGUUGGAUGCGGUACAGGAAUCCUUUCUAUAUUUUGUGCUCAGGCCGGUGCAAAGAGGGUGUACGCAGUUGAUGCCAGUGACAUUGCACUGCAGGCCAAUGAAGUUGUUAAAGCAAAUAACCUUUCUGAUGUUGUCAUUGUAUUGCAUGGACGAGUUGAGGAUGUUGAAAUUGAUGAAGAGGUGGAUGUUAUAAUUUCAGAAUGGAUGGGCUAUAUGCUUCUAUAUGAGAGCAUGCUUGGGAGUGUUAUUACUGCCAGAGAUCGCUGGCUCAAACCUGGUGGUCUUAUUCUUCCUUCGAGUGCAACGUUGUACAUUGCUCCCGUCACACAUACUGACAGAUACAGUGACAGCGUUGACUUUUGGCGCAAUGUUUAUGGAAUUGAUAUGUCUGCCAUGUUAUCAUUAGCAAAACAGUGUGCAUUUGAAGAACCUGCUGUGGAGACGAUAACUGGUGAAAAUGUUUUGACAUGGCCACACGUGGUAAAAUAUAUUGACAGUUAUUCCGUCACUAUCAAUGAGUUAGAAACUGUAACAUCGAACUUUAAGUUCAACUCAAUGAUGCGAGCUCCACUGCAUGGUUUUGCAUUUUGGUUUGAUGUUGAGUUUAAUGUGCCCACGAUAGCACCAACCAAUAAUCAUUCAUCUACAUCGGUUAUUGAGAAUCAUCAGGUGAAUGGUAGUUUGAGAAAAAAGCGAGCAAAUCCAAGUGAAGCACUGGUCCUAUCUACUGCUCCUGAGGACCCUCCAACACAUUGGCAGCAGACAUUGGUAUACUUCUAUGAUCCUAUUGAGCUGGAACAAGAUCAAGUAAUCGACGGUUUAGUGACAUUGACACAAAGCAAAGAGAAUGCUCGAUUUAUGAAUAUCCACCUUGAGUAUACUUCAGGUAAUCGAUCGUAUGUGAAAGAGUCUGUUAUGAGAUGAUCUGAACAUGAUGAUUGUUUCAUAUAUAUCUUUGCUGACUGUCUCCAACAGACCUACGGUAGUUGUUUGGGCCACGAAAACCACCAAUCCCUGCUUGCUAGAUUAGAAUAUGCUACACUGGAGGUCCUGUUAGCACAUGUAGUUAGGCUGAUCAAAUGAAAUUUUGUUGUAAUCCAUUGGUAUUAAUUUAUACGAGUGUUUGAGUUAUGUCACAAUUAGUUUUUUUUUUUUGGGGCAAUAUUAUUGAAGUUUUCAUUUACAUCUUUGUUGGAAUAUGUUGAAUUAUUUUUAAACCACAUUUUUUUCAAUUUAUUUGAAAUGUGCUCGCAUUUGUGGACCUUGGUGAGUACGUUUCUUUUCAGUUUAUAGAGUUUGCCACUAAAA